AGAGAUAUAAACAAACAUAAACAAUUGCUAAAGUAUCACAAUUGCAAGUGAUGUCCCUGUAUCCUGACGCCAUAGUGGAUCAAGUCCUUCAAGAACUUGCCUAUGAAAACACCGAUGGAGUGAACUGGGAUCGUGUUUGGUCAAUUGUCAGCCAGAAACAUCCUAUUGAUGACCUGUACAAGAAUUUGAUAUAUCAAUGGCUCAAAGGUAACCCCAAUGUUGAGCACGUUGACGCGUCUGGAAACCCACUAAAAGAUGUUCCCGAUGACAUACAAUCCAACAAUGGACUCAUAAGGCUCAAGAGAGAUUACCUGUGGGUUGCUCUUACCGGCGCACCGGAAAGGAAUAACCCAAUUCAGGCAUCAGCAUUCCAAUUACUGUGUGCAAUUGGACAGGCGCGUUCUGAAGGUAUAGAAUCAACUGAACUGAUCAAGGUCACGAAACAAGACAAGAGGAGUCUAACCCAAAGGGUGAAAAGGAUCCAACAUCUGAUCAAAAAGGUACCGAUCGUAAAAGGUGGUCGUUCUCUACAGUGGUUUAUACUGUUGAAGUUCUUUGAUGAAACUCGUCUGAACGAGUUUUCCAUUCAGACAAAGGACAACACUCUUACUACACAACCUCAAGAACUCAGAGAGAGAAUCGUCAAAGUAUUGAAGGAUGCUAAAGCUGGACUAAGACAAGUUCUCGAUCUGCGUAGGGAAUUGGAGAUGGACAAAACACCACGCUUGUGUAUCGCAUUCAAAUCCACAAUCAACUACUUGAAGGAUAAAGGGUACAUUUCCAAAGUUAUUGUUAUGUCGCCUGAAUCACCAACUGUCAAAAUUCGAGCAGUGAAGUAUCUCAAGGAUUAUAUUCGAAAAGGUGACAAUGAUGAAAAUGAUAUCUUUGAUGACGAUCUCGAUGAUGGUAAUGAAGAUGUCGAAGACCAACUCAAGGAAAAUGAGGAUGAUUACAAUCAAACUACUUUGAAAAGUAUAGCUGAUGCUCAAGUUAUCGAUAGUGCAAUGAUUGAAUCUGAUGUUCCGUUAUUCAACAGGUUCUAUCCUUUCCAAUCUCAAAUCUAUGAAAUGGUCAACAAAGGAGGAACCACUGGGCUGUCUGCCAAUGAAUUACAGAAUCAACUAUUUGGAAUGGAGUAUACACGUCUAUUCUCUCGCUUUAUGGAUUACUAUACAUCUGGUACAUUCACCACCACUUUGGCUAAUUAUGGUAUCGUAAGGCACUAUGACUUCCAUGGACGAGUAAAGUUUUACCGUUAUCUAACUCGUCCCAAUCUUCUACGGUUAUCGUCACAGCCUGAAGAUAACCUUGGAUCAUCAUUACCAAAACUUACUCUUCCAGUACAUUCCUUGACUGAGCUCAAUGAGUCGUUGUUCUAUCCUUUGGUGUCAAAUCCAUCUGUGAAGGUUAUAGACGGUGUGCCAAAAGUGCACUGGGUAUCAACAGAAGAUGAUGCCUCCGGAAACAUUGACUCCGAGCCAACGCGUAAAAGAUCCCAUACUAAGGACAAAGGAGACACAUCUACUAAAAAACAAAAGAAGACUCAAUUACCUCCAUUACCUGAAACCACAAAGGAAAUCCAAGUUAUAGGUGAUACAAAAGAUAAUCCUUUGGUCAUAUCUAAUAUCCAGGGUAUGUCAUUUAAGGCAAUUGAGAGACAAGCCUGCAUGCUACGGGUCUUGGAGGACCAUCAGGGAAUCAUGGAAAAUGGGUUUUCAUUCCGUGAUGAAGUGAACUCAGAAAUAGGAUUUAUCAUUGAUAAAAAGACUUCAACAAGGGAUACAGCAUCUCUUGUUGAGCAAAAGAAACUGCUCGUGGAAAAGUUUACCCUUGAAAAUGGCACCUCUGUUGAACUUCUGAUCAGCCCAUAUGCUUCACAAGAAACGAUUGAGAGUUUCAAGAGAGUGCUUGGUACAUCGAUAGUUGAUAAGAAGCAUCAUAUGGGAUCUAACUAUGAACAUGUCGAAGCAGAUAUUGACUUCUUCGAUAUGGAAUUGAGAGAUUCCUUAUUAGCACCAUCACAAAGGUCAAAGCAGUCUACACAACCCCACUCUACUGGCUUGGUUGGCUCUAAUAAGGCCAAGGUUGUGAAACCAAAAAGUUUGAAAAAGAAGAAUGUGGACCAGGUAAAACAGAAACUAGCCGAAGUGAAACACCAUGGUAAUGAUUCGGUUGCAUCAAAUCCAGGUAAAGAUAGAAGAGACUCCCUUGAGGAUUGGCUUCAUAAUAAGCGCAAACGUACACCUUUUGAAAAGGUUGAAAGCGACUCCAAAUUGGGUCGUAAGCGUCGCUCUGCUCAAUUGGAUUCUGAAUCGAUGAUGUACCUCUUCAAAGCUGUCAUUAUUUGCAAGACUCUUACUGAAAACCAAAUUGAUUGGGUAAAGAUUUCUGAACUCGAACAAUUUGAAGGUAUUUUGCCAGGAGAACUCCGUUCUCGAUGGCCAAAGGUUCGGAUGAUGAUGGGCCCUACCGGUAUAAAAGUUGCAAGACGUACAUGGAGGAAGAUAUUGCUUGAUGGACUAAAAGACAAGCGUAUUCCUAUGAGUGCUGUUGAAGACUUAGAUAUCGAAACUAUGAUUUCAUUUUGGAACAAUGAUGUUGUCCCAGGCGAUGUAUCAACUGAGAACACAGAAAAGUUAUUCGUGGAUCUCGAUGAAAACUUCAGGCAUUACAACUUUGUCAAGUCGAAUGCCACGGGUGCGGUGAGUGGACAGUAUGACAGUAACUCCAUGGUUCAAAGAGAGAAUUAUUUAGUGAAUCAGGUGUUUACUUAUACGGAUAAGGAUGACCCACUGGAUACUCAUUUAUCAAAAGAGGAUAUCAUACGAAACGUUAUUAUUGCCAUUAUUGCCAGUGGUCAAAACUUUGAGCUGAAAUCGUUGGAUGUCCUAAAACAGUUCACAACCGAGGAUAUUGACUCUGUAUUCUUGAAGAUGACAAAGAGCAGGGAAAUCGUUGUAUCUUCAGAUUCCAAGGCGAUCCUAGGUGAACGGCUAAAUGCUGUUUUGACUGAUCAUUCGUAUGACUUUUCAAUGGGGAAAGUUGCCAAAUUUCAACAAGUGCUAAAAGAAUUGUGCCAACAUGACAAGGGACUUAUACUGGAUCCUAUUUUCGACAACUCGUGUAUGGUUUCCAUUCUAGAGCUGAUCAAGGACAACGCCGUAAACGUGACAAGAGUCGAUCAUUAUAGAAAAGAAAUCUUGAAUGGUUAUGAGGCAAGGCUUCUUGAGAGAGAUAAGUUAGACUGCGACAUCAUUCUUUCAAAAGGUGCUUCCGAGAUUCGUGGUUUACCUGUCAAAUCCAUUCCUGUCCCACAUGGGUCGCCUUGUUCGCGUAUUUGGAUUGAUCUUGGAGGACAGAUCAAUAAAGCUAUAUGGACCAAGAUACUGAGAGCAACACUAGUGACAAUUCUAUCAAGCCCUGGCAUCACAUUCACGGGAAUCUAUGAUGCUAUUGGUGCACUUCUAUGUGUGGAAGAUGCCCAAUUGGUACUACAAUGGUUGGUCGAUUCCCGUGCCAUUCGUCUCGGUGAAAUGGAUGGCUACUGGCUCGAGCCUGAGUGGUACAUGGUUGUUUAAUAUAACAUCAACUGUCUAUUACACCGUUACCUGUAAUUGUUAGUUUGGCCUCAGUAGAAAGAAAUUCCUUCCGGCGUGGGGAAAAUCGCGAGGGAUUU